AUGAAUAUUUUGAUAGAUUCAUUUAUCAAGCAUCAUAAUUCUUCAAAUAUUAAAACGAUUUACAAUAAUGACAUUAAAAAUAUACUAAAUGAUGAACUAAAUAUUUUAUUCUAUAUAUAUAUGAAAAAUUCGAUAAUUUUCAAAAUAAUAAAAUUUGUACUGAUACAAAAUGCACAUGCGCUCAAGAAUGUGUUAGAAUUAGAGAAUUUUAGAAAAAAAUAUAAUGAAAAUAAUCCUUCUUCUACUGAAUGUCAAGGAGUACAGUCAUUCUUACCAUCAUAUAAAAAUCAUAAAACAUCUAUUAUUAUUAUAAUUCCUUUAAUUUCAAUAUUAGUAUUAUCAAGUUUACUUUUCAUUGUAUAUAAGGUUAUAACAUUAUUUAUAUACUUGUUUACUUUUAGACCAUUCGGAUCAUGUUUUCCCUUUCGAAGAAAAAGACACCAAAGGAAAUAUAGUAAUUUCACAAAUGAAGAAGCCCAUUUAUUAUAUACAAAAGUGAGAAGCAGAACACCAGAAGCGCAUCUUUGCAGUAUAGCAUAUAAUUCUAUAUAG